AUGUCUGUGAGGGAACGGAAUAAAAAUCCCUGGGCUCAUGGGCGCCAGCUGGAUCUUGACGGUGACGUGACUGUUAGGUGCCAAGCGGACCCACGACUCUGCACAACCGCUGCUAUCCGUCGUGGAAAGCUGGUGGAGCCGGUUGAUCAAGUGGCGCUCCGUGUAGGUGUGGAAGCUUCAGGUGUUGAAAGUCUCGUCGACGCCCAAGGAAUCACCUUUUUUGGAAGUCUAAAAAAUGGAAUGGAAGUGUUCGUUUCUGGACCUGCCAUGUUGGAUGCUGCCAAGACGGAUAAUGAUAAUAGUGACCUGUUUCUACCGGACGUGUCAGUUGCAUGGGCAUACGAUCCUAGAGUGCUUGAGCACGUUCCCCCCGUUGACCGUGUGCCGGAAACACCCUAUCGUUUGCAGCGCGCUGUUGAGGCACUACGCUCGGCGCCGCGUGCUGCUCAUUUUUUGCCUAUGGAACUGCAAAGUUCUGGAGAAAGGUCCCCUCCUCGUGAAGGUGCGCCUGUGGGAACUGGUGCAACAGCAGGCGAGACGCCGUCCGCGGCGCCCAGCGGAACUCCGUUAUGGAUUCCGCCCCGUUUAGCAACGCUAGAUGAAGUUACAUUGUGUCACAAUAUUCAUCGCUACCGAUGUUUUAUUGAAGAGGGCACAGCAUUGCUCCCUCCACUUAAGACAGAUGUGUAUUGCAACGGUAAAACGAGCAGUAUAGCGACUCGGUUGUCUGUCGGUGCGGUGGUUGAUGCAGCGCGUCGCGCCCUCAGUGGCUCUCCGGCAUUUGCUUUUUGCCUUGUUCGCCCUCCGGGACACCAUGCCAGCGCUGACACCCCGAGCGGCUUUUGUUUGGUGAAUAAUGUUGCGAUUGCCGCAAUGCAGUUGUUGCAAGACUGGCACGUUAAAUACGAUUGUGGCGUCGGAGGUAGCCGUUCAGUUCCCUCCGAAGAAAGGGAUAUACCAGAGCGACCUCGCAUAGCCAUAGUUGACAUCGACGUACACCAUGGUGAGGGAACUCAGUCAUUUGUUGAAGUUGAGCCGCAACUUCUGUACCUCUCUCUUCAUCGUUAUGACCGAGGUUCUUUUUACCCGUGUGAUCCCGCUGGUGCGACCUCCUAUGUUGGCCAACAUCGUAAUAUUUGCAACGUCGCUGUUGACACCGCGGCUACCGACCCUGCGCGUUGCGAAGAGGUUAUAAGUGAUAUGCUUUUUGCGCGUGUCGUUGACGAUGUGUUUUUACCAAGGUUGGAACAAUUCCACCCUAAUAUCAUCCUACUUUCGCUUGGCUUCGACGCCGCACACGGCGAUCCACUUGGGCGGAUGGCUGUGGAAGGAGGGUUUGCGUAUGUGGUUCGUGCGCUAAAGCGAUUUUGCCUGCAGUCGCAAGGGACCAUCGGUUUGGUGGCGGUACUAGAGGGUGGGUACUCACCAGAGGGUGUUUCCCGUGGCGUUGUCAGCGUCGCGCACGCCCUGUGUUAUCCAUUUGACGAUGUAGCAGUGGUUAAUUAUGCACGCCUGCGGACCCCAAAGACAUGGAUGGAGCUACGCAGUCGUCUUUCCCGGCGGAUGGAGGUGCGAACGGAUGAAACGGGAGGGGCCACGUCUUUGUCGUCUGGUUUGUCUUCUCAAGGGUUGGGGGAUGCUACGUCAACGGAAAGGGCAAUAGCGGACGACGACGUGCUUAUGGAGCGUCACGUAGCGUGGUGCGACAAGCUUGUUAAACGAGUAUUGGCUAUACAUGCGGAGUCCAAUAUCAUCAAGUGA